AGAUGCAAAACUCGAGGACCGCUCCGGUCUCUGAAGCGAAGAGAAGAAGGAAGAUUCAUAACCCAAAGCAACAACAACCUUUGACUCCGUUACCACCAAGAAUCGGGAAGAAGGCUUCGUCAGGGACCAAACCGGACCGAGUUUACGCGGUUUCACAUCAAACCGAGAUGUUUAGUUCAGAUUCAUCAGAGUAUAGAGCACUGAGGCGCAGCUAUUUGCUGCUAGAGGAAGACAGCUUCGCGCUGGAGAGAGAGUUGAAGGAAGUUGAAGAUGAGGUUAAAGCACUUGAAGAUGAGAAAGUUGAGCUCUUGGAUAAACUCGUUGUAAUGGAAGGUCUAGUUUGAUCCUUGAUGAUUACAAAGUCUAGGUGGCUCAUUCAUGUAUGUACAAACCAACUUCAUAUAUAUAGUAUAAAAGAAGUUAUGAAUCUUUAUGUGAA